CUCGUGAAAAAGCGCCUGCUCCCCUCCCCCUCUAUGAUCUCUUGGGUUUGGGCAUUUUCUUUUCGCUCCUCCCGUCUCUCUUUUUCUCUUCUGAAGGUUUUGGACAAGAAAUUUGCGAAGAGAUUGGGGAAUCUGAGGCAGGGCUUGGCAAGAGAUUGAGGAAAUUUGUCGUGCUGAUCGAUAUUUUCUCUGUUUUAUUCGUGUAUUUUUAGGGCUUAUCUUGGGGUUUCGUUUUCUCCACCGUAUUUCGUAGAGGAAAUUUGUCCCUGCGAAAAUUUCGUUUUUUAGGGGUUUUUUCCGUGCUUCUGCGAAAUUCCGAAUCUUGUCAGACAAAGGGUAAACAAAAAAGGGGAAUUUGUACCAGGAGUUGUUCGUCCAUUGUUCACUUGCAGUAAGUACACUAUCCACUUCUCCGGUCACUGAAUCUUAGGGUACUGUGUUGCGGAGAGAUCGAAAGGAGGAACCUUUUUUUGGUUGCUUCGAGGUGUGCUUGCGAGGAGGAGCCAUGUCGGCGGCGGCGGCGGGCGAGGCGGCGGCGUACGGCGUCGGCUUGCAGAGGGGGGCCCUGCAGCAGCACCAGCAGCAGCCCAACCCCGGCGCGGUCCUGUACAUGCACAACGGGGUCGCCGUCUACAGGAAGCCCCCCGUACCGGCGGCCUACCAGCGGCCUGCUGGCUGCAAUGCCGCCGCGCCGGAGGCGGCUCCCGCCCACUCUCCCACGGCCAUGGCGAGCGCUGAGCAGCUCAAGCGCAAGCGCGGGCGCCCGCGCAAGUACGCCCAGGACGGCGUUGUGCCCCUGGCUGUCGUGCCCCCGUCACAGCCAGUGGCGGUUGCUCCUGCUCCAGCUGGCGCUGGCGCUGCCUCUGGCGCGACACCCACGGUUCCUCCCGGCUUCUCUCCGAGCACUGAGGGUGGAGGUGUGGCGAGUCCUCAGGCGCUACCGCCGCCGCCCGCUUCAGAGGCUUCCUCUGUCAAGAAGAGGGGUCGGCUGCUGGGCUCCACUAACAAGAAGCAGCAGCCGCAGGUGGCAGCGCCAGCAGGAUCAGGCUGGGCCGGAUUAAAACCUCAUGUUUUCACAGUCCAAGCUGGGGAGGAUGUAGCAUCAAGAGCCAUGUCAUUUUCUUGCAAUGGAUGGGCAGUUUGUAUCCUCACAGCCAAUGGCGCUGUAUCUAAUGUGACCCUGCGUCAAGGAGAUUCUUCUGUUGGAACAGUAACUUAUGAGGGCCAUUUUGAGAUUCUCUCUUUAGCUGGCUCAUAUCUGCUAUCUGAAAGUGCUGGGCUGAGCAGUCGAACAGGUGGACUUAGUGUUUCUCUUGCUGGUCCUGAUGGCCGUGUUUUAGGUGGCGCUGUAGCAGGACCUCUAACUGCAGCUUCGCCAGUUCAGGUGGUCAUUGGGAGCUUUGUAGCUGAUGGGAAAAAGGAGCCUGACCCUAUAUCAGCACCUGGGAAACCUGGUUCCUCUGGUGGACAUGGAAGCCUGCCAAAUACUGCUGGCUCGUUCAACACUGGCACCCAACCAGGCUUUCCUAACUUCGCCCCAUGGUAAUGAACUUAGCUGGAUCUUACCGCCCGCCUGCGCCAUGGAAAUGAGCUUAGCUUUCUUUAGGAACUGAUGGCUGAUGGCUUUCGGCUUCGAUGCACUUUUGCCAGAUCAUUCUCUUGUAAUGUGCCAUUCAGCUGAAACUGUUAGGUUUAUGCUUGUCGUUCCUUAUUGGAAACUUCUAACUGGUUACAAUAAAGUUUUAGCUUGUUGCUUC